CAUUUAAUCCUAACCCUAAUUCAUUUCUCAAUUUUCAUUUUCACCUUUCCUGACUUUCCCUCUCCUUCUAUUGUGCGACUCUACCAUCUGAAUGCCCUCCAUUCCAUUACCACCCUUCUACGAUUCUACCCUUACCCUUCCCAAUGCUUAUCUUUUGCCGCCCCUUGUUUUCUCCUUUGCACCGGUGGGACCAUCUCAAAUCCCAUUCCCUCCACUACACUAUUGGUCUGCUACUGCCAAACUACCGAAGCCAUCUACUUGCUAUUGCCAAAUUGUCGAAGCCAUCUACUUGCUGCUAUCUAGACUAUCAAAGCCAUAUGUGGUUCUGUUGCGGCCUUGCCCUUCUUGGCAACUAGUAACAGCCAGUGAUACCAAACACGCCUCCAACGCAGACGCCCUCUCUUCACAUUUCUCUCGGACGAAUUUUCAACGAAGCAAAAGGGAGUGCUCGCCGACGCGUUUGAAACCUCGCGGCGCAGAUUUCUUAUUGGCUCCGACUACCGAUUUCGGUACGGUUUCUUUGUUCUUCGUGUGUUUCUUUCCUCGAUCUUUCGUCGAAACGUUCUUAUAGCUUCUUUUUGUGUGGAUCGCGGCUGUUUCUCUGUUGUUUGUUUGUUUCUUUCUUCGAUCUUUCGUGGAAACGUUCUUAUAGUUUCUUUGUGUGUGGAUCGCGGCUGUUUCUCUGUUCUUCGUUUGUUUCUUUCUUCGAUCUUUCGUGGAAACGUUUUUAUAGUUUCUAUCUGUGUGGACUGCUGCUGUUUUCCGUUAAAAAGCGUUUAGGUUUAGGUUUAGGUUUCUGUGCAGCGUCUCUAAGUAUCCUUAGAGAUUUUGCUGUUAACAUUUAGGUAAGUUUUUGUGUUGAAUUGUUCUUUGAUUUUUUUUUUUUUUGUAUAAAUUGUUUUGGAAUUCCGCAUGUCUUUCUCUUGUUUAUGUUGAUUUCGGAUCUUUAUGUCAGUUUUUGUGCCUUUUUGCUUUUUUAUAAAUUCUGUUAAAAUUU